CCUUCUAUAUUCACAAACUUAAAGAGAACUCUAUCCUUAAGCUGUAAAUAUUCGACUUAAUUACUUUGUUAACUAAGACCGGCGUGACAGUGAUAAAAGUAGAGAUGGGAGGUCCUGGAUCAUCACCAUGUGCUUCGUGUAAGCUUCUUCGACGACGCUGUGCAAAAGAUUGUAUCUUUGCACCUUAUUUCCCUCCUGACGAUCCUCACAAAUUCGCCAUUGUUCAUAAGGUCUUCGGCGCAAGCAACGUCAGCAAAAUGUUGCAGGAGCUACCGGUUCAUCAAAGAGCUGACGCGGUGAAUAGUCUGGUUUUCGAAGCAAACGCACGAGUAAGAGAUCCAGUAUAUGGCUGCGUAGGAGCAAUCUCUUACUUGCAAAAUCAAGUCUCACAGCUUCAAAUGCAACUAGCAGUAGCUCAGGCCGAGAUUCUCUGCAUCCAGAUGCAACAGGAGCCAAAUUUACAGUCUCAUCAUCAAAUACUUGAACUAGACCAAGACGAUAAAAUUCUCUUGCUACACAACAACAUCGAUAACUGCAACAACAACAGUAAUAACAACUUGGGUUAUGCUAUGUCUUCCCGGCAGUUCAACUCUAACUUUGCUUCUCCAAACAGUAUGCAAAUGCAGAUGCAAAUGCAAGACCCUCUGAAGCAAGAAUCUCUUUGGACUUGACUUAAGCUAUUAUUGUAAUAUAAUCUUGUUGUUUCGAAAACUCAUCAGUGAAGUCUCGACAAGUUUGCUUCUUGGCUAUGUUGAAAAAGAGAAGAUGGGAACAAGUUUCGUGUAAGGAAAGUAAUAGUACAAGUCAAAAACUUAAAUGCAUGCA